CGAGAAAAAUUCUGGAUCGGAGAGCUUCGAAGCCUGGGAAUUUUCUUCGUACCCUCCCUUCGUUCUUCUCUGAUCUCGAAUUCCACAUACCAAAUCUCGCAUCUCCCGAUUUUGAUUUCUUUCUUAUUAUCACUAUGUUCGGAUAACAAAAGCCCCACCCUCCCCUCCAAAACGUUGUCUUCUCUGUAAAAAACCCACUUUGUCGUAACCAAAUCUAGGGUUUUCGCGAGUUCGCUUUCUCUUGUGAUCGUGAGAUGUCUCGGUGUUAUCCGUUUCCACCACCUGGUUAUGUACUGAAAGAAAUCAACAAGGAUAAGUAUCUGAUCGAAUCGAUCAAGGGGGCAAAGGAGGAAGGUAAGAAAGAUAGAAAACACAAGAGGAAGGAUAAAAAGAGAAAGGAGAGGGGAACUGAGGCGGGUCGAAGCAGAAACCACAGGCAUAAGAGACGUCGCAAAGAUGAAGGCAAAUUAAUUAACAGUGAGGUCGAGUUCUUAGAGAAGAGCUGCCAGACAGUGGAACUUGAGCUUCAAUCAUCGUCUCAGAAUUCUUGUGAUAGCACUUUUCAUAGCAAUGAGAGACCAAAGCAAAUUCAGAUUCAGCCCCUUGAUGGUAGGCAUAACGACUCUGAAACCGGCUUACGGACCCGGUUACCUGACAAAGGGCAGAAGGAUCCUGAGGCUAAGGUGAUGAUGUCCAACAAGGAUCAAAAACAGCGCUAUUCACGGGAAAGGUUAGAUGCUUCUCAGUCUGCUGCUCCAAAGGAGUCUGUUGGUCAUCUUUAUUCCACCACACAACAUGCUUUUAGGGUCUGUCAAGAGAAAAGAAGAGAUCCGUCGAGAGACAUCACUACAGAGCUCAGCAAAGAUAAUAGAAAAGUUAGUAGAAAUGAUAUGAUGCCAUCAGCAUCUCUUUGGACUCAUCCAGACCAAGAGAAACCGUCCUCUAGUCAUCAGGAAACCAUUGGACCUUCGAAGCCAUCAUGCAAGAAAUGCCCUCCUUCCAUGGCCGGGCAAUUCUUGAAUCUCAUCGAGAACUGGACUCCUGAUCGUGUUGAGAGCAAGCUCACUGACUCAGAAGAUCAAGAAUGGUGGUUGUUCAUCAAGUUUGGAGCCAAAAGGCAACAAGUUAGCAACCAGAAAACCAACCAGGGAAGUAGUUCGAUGGUGUGGCCAACUGCUCGAUUUCUUCCGGAAGCCGAACUACACGCAUUGCCCUUCACUGUCCCGUUCUGAUUUCAACAAACAUUGUCGAGAGAGUGGUUAACAUGACCAACAAAUAGUUUUUUCCUAUAUAUGUUAGAUUAGCCUGAAGACUGAAAACUCAGAAUUAUAUAUGUGAUUCUUUGUAGAUAUACUGCUAAUAUAGUAAAUCAUUAUUAUGUGAAUAAUAUAUAUCUGCUUGUAGGUAGAUGAUAUCAAAGUA